AUGGCCCCUAUCCAAUUUGGCAUUCUCGCCUUUGCCUACCAAGUAAUCGACUCAGUCGGGCCAACCGAUCUUCUCGCCUCGGCCAGCAAGAGCGCCCUCUUAACCAUUCGGGAAUACGUCCCCAUCGACGACGACCUUAUUUCUCGAGCACCAGAGUUUGAGUUUCAUCACAUUGGAGUGACCAGAGAUCCCGUCGACCUGGGUACUAGCCAGAUGACGAUUGUCCCUACAACAACUGUGGAUGAGUGUCCUGAGCUGGAUAUCUUGCUCGUUGGAGGGCCGUACCUGGGUACUUUUGACCUACACCCCAAGCACGCUGAUCUGAUCCGAAGACAUGUUACUGCUGGGAAGCUCCUCUUUACAACCUGCACUGGUGCUAGCCUCGUCGCAUCCACCGGAGUUCUAGACGGAAGAAAAGCCACAGUCAACAACAUCGAAUACGAGUGGGUGAGGGAACGCUGGCCAAAAGUCAAAUGGACACGUGAGAAGAAGUGGAUCAUCGACGGCAACAUCUGGACAGGAUCUGGGGCUCUCGCUGCGACGGACAUGGUUGCCUAUUGGCUCAAGGGCAAAUACGGCCUAGACGUGCUUAUCCAGGCUGCCGCUACAUUGGACUAUGAGCCGCGAGAUGCUGAUGGUUUGUUCAGCGUGCUUCCGCAGAGGGUUGAUUCAAGGGGAGAGAAGAUUUCUACUCAUGCUUUCAGAUAUCAUGAGCAAUCUGCAGGUGGACAACGUCAGUAG